GAAUUCCAAGCCUGGCUCAUUGAAGUAAAGAACGCAGAUGUAGAGACACUUAGUAAUAAUAAACGAAAGGAACUGUUCAACGAUUUCAUGGAAGAUUAUAAUACAGCUACGAUGCCUCAUGAAAAAUACUAUGAUUUAGAAAAAUGGGAACGCCGACAAGAAGCUAUACGUAUGGGUGAAAAACCAGCUCCUGGAAAUGGCGCCUUCUUUGACUUCAAUAACGAUGAAGAGAGGUUAAGAGCGCAACAUAGACAAGCAGCAAGAGCAUCGGCAGCCUCCCGUAAGCCAGUCAUGCAGCUUUCAGAAGACAAGAUUAAAGAGCUUGCACGUGUCAACCGCGAAAGAAUUGAAGCCGAUCGUAUGCGUAAAAUGGGCUUAAAGCCUAAAGAUAGUAUGGGUGUUUUAUAUGAAGACAGUUUGUAA